AUGGUGAUCCUGAAAACCGGCGCUACCGAAUCACUGGAAAAAGUCCCCAUCCACCUCCGCACGACCCUCCAAUGCGUCCCGCACUUUGCCAUCUUCUCCGACUAUGAAGAGACAAUUGAAGGCGUGCGCACCUACGAUGUCCUCCAGAACGUCAGCGAUACCACGAUGCAAAAUGAGCCAGAGUUCGGCAUCUACCGGCGUCUCCAAGAAGUCGGGCGCGAAGGCCUGACAGAGGCAGAAUGGGGCGACGACACCAACGGACCGCUUGGCAAGACCAACAACCCCGGCUGGAAAUUGGAUAAAUGGAAGUUCCUCCCAAUGAUAGACCAAGCACUCGAAGUGAUGCCAGACGCCAAGUGGUACGUCUUCUUGGAAGCCGAUACGUAUAUGAUUUGGAAGAACCUGGUUAGCUGGCUUGCGCAUUUGGACCCGGAGCGGCAAUACUACCUGGGCAGCCCCAUGCAAAUCGGCGAAACCCUGUUCGGUUACGGCGGAGCGGGAAUCGUGCUCUCGCAUUGGACGAUGCGUCUGCUCUCCGAGUACCGCUCACGGGCACAAGAAGACCUCGAGGUGAUGACGGCACAGGAAUGGGCAGGUGAUUGUGCGCUUGCACGAGCGCUGCGCGAUGUGCGCGUCGACCUAACCUGGGCGUGGCCGAUGAUGAUGACAUCUCGGCCUCGGGAAAUCGACCAUUUCUCCGAGGGGUACGGCCGACAGCCGUGGUGCUACCCGGUUGUCUCGUACCAUCACAUGGCUCCGCAUGACAUUGAGGAGAUGUGGGAGUUUGACCGGUCAUUCUUUGGCAGUGGCAAGAACGCGCUCAUGUUGCAUGCCGAUGUGUACCAGAGACUUGUCCACGAUGUGUCAACUCCUGCACGCGAUGAUUGGGACAAUCUCGCGAAUGUCCAGAUUGACUUCGCGGCUGGUACGAUUCCCACAGUGGAAAACUGUGCAGAGGUCUGCGCCCGCAACGAGGAGUGUUUACAGUAUUCGUUCAACCAUCAUGACCGCAUCUGCAAACACGCCUCUACCACCUUUGCUGGUGUUGCGAGUAACGGCACGCAGUCUGGCUGGAUUACCCAUCGGGUGAACAAGCUUCUGAGGGCAUUCCAGUCUUCAUGCGAUGCAGUGCAGUAUAUCUCUGCUUGA